GUCAAAAAAUUCUACACACCAGCAGUGUGAGGAGACCUGAAAGUGGCACAUGGCAGAGUGUGGCGAUGGAGACAGCAGCAAUGGGAGGCCGUACAGGGACCCAUGAGAGACUCUGGACCUGGCAGCAGCAUGAGGAGGCGGUAUAUAGGGGCCUAUGGCAGAUUAGGGGCCUGGCAGCAGCUAUGGGAGCCGCCCGUAAUCUGCCAGCACCCUAUGUCAAAAAAUUAACACACCCAGCAGUGUGUGAGGAGACCUGAAAGUGGCACAUGGCAGAGUGUGGCGAUGGAGACAGCAGCAAUGGGAGGCCGUACAGGGACCCAUGAGAGACUCUGGACCUGGCAGCAGCAUGA